CUCCUAAUGAAAGGCCUCUCUUGCUCUUGUUGUGCCCACAGGUGUUAUGUUGAUGACAAAGUGUCCAAGGUGGCCUGGCUCAAUCGAUCCAACAUCAUCUAUGCCGGUCAAGACAAAUGGUCCCUGGACCCCAGAGUAGAUCUGGUCACUAAAGGACAGCUGGAGUACAGCCUGCGCAUUCAGAAGGUGGACGUGUAUGACGAGGGCUCUUACACCUGCUCCAUACAGACCAAGCAGCAGCCCAAGACCUCACAGGUCUACCUCAUCGUACAAGUUCCAGCCAGCAUCUACAAGGUGUCAGACGACAUCAUAGUGAACGAGGGCAGUAACGUGACACUCAGCUGUUUGGCCAGUGGCAGGCCGGACCCUAUGAUCACCUGGCGGCUGCUUAACCCCUCAGCAGAGCCGUUGGACGGAGAAGAGUAUCUGGACAUUAUUGGCAUCAUGCGAAACCAAGCGGGGCGUUACGAAUGCAAGGCCAGCAAUGACGUCGCCACGCCGGAUGUCAAAUACGUCAAUGUGGUUGUCAACUACCCUCCGACAAUAAAGAAGACCCAGAGCUCGGAGACGCAGGUGGGCCGCAUGGGGAUCCUGCAGUGUGACGCCACCGCUGUGCCCACACCAGAGUUCGAAUGGUACAGAGACGAAAAAAGGCUGUCCAAUGCCCAGGGCAUCAAUAUCCAAAUUCUUGGCACUACCACUGUUCUCAUGAUUGCCAAUGUUACCGAGGAGGAUUAUGGGAACUACACCUGUGUGGCCUCAAACCGACUGGGCGUCCAGAAUGCCAGCCUUUUCCUUUAUAGACCCGGGACAGGUCGAGAUAUCAACGGCGCUGCCUGUGUAUCUCAAUCACUGUGGCUCUUGCUGGCCUCCUUCGCCUGCCUUUUCAUCAAGUGUUAAUACCACUGUCCUCUUUUUCCUCCUCUUCCUCCCAGCUCCUGGCCUUCAUUCCUCCUUCUCCUCCUUCUCCUCCUCCUCCUCUCCAGCUCACCAACAUCCUUAUUACCGCCCCUCCAGACUGUUUGCAUCGUGAUAUAAAAACCUUACUUGCUCUCAAGCACUGCUUACAGGUAUUACAACAAGCGAUGGGUUCAUCAGUAAAAAAAUGUUUAGAGAACAACGACAAAAACAGUGAAAUUAAGGACAGGACAAGCAAACAGUGCUCUUUUAAAGAAAUGCAUUGCUCUUUUUAAUCCAUAUGCACUUCUUUGUUUCUGCUAAAUCUUGUCUUUGGGGUAUGGAUCGGGUUUGGGAUUUGUUGUAUUUUUGUCUUGAUGGGAAUGAAAGCAAAGGCUCUCUGCUCACAGGGAUGCCAACAAUCAUGUGUUGCUAGAAGUACUGAAGACAUAAGGUAUAUUUCCUCCUAUUAUUCCCGUUGUUUUAGUUGUUGAGUGUUUGACCCGUGCAUUCAUGUGCAACAUGCAAAGUUUCUGCCAAAUAUCCAUAUACUGUAAAUUUGAAACUAGCACACACAGAAAUCAAAGGGAGAUGUGUCUGUACAGAGAUUAAAGCUUGAUAUUAAUGACGUGAGGAGCAUUUCCUCCAAUCAGCGGCAUUGUUUCAAGACGCGGCAGUCACUUACAGUUGUUGUCAUCCAGCCCAGUAUUUGAGGAUGCAGUGAAGAGAAUUGACAUGAUCCUACAGUUUAACACGUGGAGUGCAAACCUGAACAAAAUAGCUUUUUCUUUUGCUUCCACACCCUCUCAUUCAGAGGCUUUGCAAACACUCACCUGUUAUCCCCCGCAGAAUUCCUUCUCGGUUCCGCAGCUGCACUCUCACUUCAAAGAAAAGGAGUAGAUUAUUAUAAUGACACAUACUGUACAUAGUACAUUUUUUGUAUUUCUCUAUGAUAAGGCAACUUGCCAACUCUGCCACUGUAACAACAGCAGAACAGAGGAGAUUGUUGCAGUGUACGUCGCUUGUUUGAUGAUCAACCCACCAUACUGUGCAGCUUGCCUCCGCUUCACGGCGGGCGGCACCGCGUCCGGCGCCACACGCAGUGUUCGCUUUUACUCCAUGACUUAUAGGAUGAUUCUUCUAUACUGCUGGAAUUUGGAUUUAAACAAAAAAAAAAAGAAAAAAAGAAAAAAGUAUGACACCAAUGAAUGACUUACUUUUUAGUUGUUUUUUUUCUCUCUCUUUCAAAGACGUGUGUGUGUUUUAAUAUGAACUGGUUCAGACAAAUUCAUAAUAUAUUGAUAUUGAGGUUAUUUUCUUCAGUCUUUACCUCAUUCAUUUUAGUUGUGUGCGUGUGUGUGUGCGUGUGUGUGUGUGUAAAUAUACUUGAAUCCAAUGUCCUGAGACCAUGUUGUACCAUGUUUCUGAGUAGGGUGUUACUUUGUAGAUCACUUGAACUGGCAACCCUGUCCUGUCAUGCGCCCUGAAGCCCAUCAUUCACCGACAUUUGGGGGAAACAUUUCAAACAGGAGAUAGUUUGGUGCAGUUGAGACGAUACAAGUGUCGGCUCACAGGAUAUUGUCGAGAGUGGAAUACAAUGUUUAGCCUGUAAUGCUUGUUCAUGUACCGAGAUGUAAUAUGGAAGCAACAAAGGAAACAAACUGAAGGCCACUGUGCUGAUGGGCUUCUCUAAUAAAUAUGUACCAUAUAUUAACACCACUUGUCCCUUCACACCUUUGCCAAAAUAUUUGAAAUUUAUUUCUUUACCUGCAAAUAAAUACUGGGUCAAUAUUCUGUAAAACUCUGAGGAGAAUCUUUCAAACGCUGCAGUUCUUUCAGAUAACGACUCCACGCGUCAGUGCUGUUGUGGUGAGAAGUUGCUGAAACUGCGCACUAAACUAUUAGCUGCCUUCUUUCUUCACCAUUUUGUUCUGACUGACCCGCUCUAAGGCGACGCAUAGCAUAACGCACUGCGGCGCCCAGUUCAGCUCCAUGACCGGAUGUGUGUGUGUGUAUUCAAGUCUCUGCUCUCCGAAACAACCAAACCGAGAUUGUACUAGUACUGUAAAAUUACACGCGUGUAAUUAAUGUCAUCCUUGUUAUCAUACAUUAAAAGACUUGUUCCCAGUGUUUGCUUUGUAAAUGCUAUGUGACUUUGUGGUGUUGCCGAUAUCAGUUCAAACCUUUUCUUUCGGUCGCGACGGCAAACGAGAGCAACUUGGUUUUUUUUACGCUUUGAUGACGGCCAUGCACACGCUUUGCUUUAAUUUAUUUCUUUUAUAACUGAAUAAGCAACUCUGGUGCAUCUACUUUAACAUGGAUUAACUUGACUCCUGAUGUUUUUGUACUAUGUGGGUAUUUGUGCAGGUUCUCUUACCACUUUUUUUUUUUAUUUUUUAUGGCUAUCGCAUACUCUAGGAGUGCUAGAUUAUCAGCGACAUCCAUGUACCUGGCUGUAAAAUGACAUGAAUGAUCUGGAAGCUGUGGCUAAACAGUUGGGAUUGGUUUUGCGUGCGAGCAUUCUGUGCCGCAUUUCUCUUCUGCCAAGUUUGACCGUCUCGGUUUGUGUCCCAUAGAAAAAUAAAACAAUAAAUGAACGGAGAAAAAGCGCCUCAGGGCAGAGCAAGGCUGGCCUUGAGCAGAUUCUCAGACAAACUAAAACUGUGCUUCCCUGACAGACGACUAGAGUCAGAUCGUGUCAAGCUGUGCUCAGAAUUUAUUUGAACCUGCUUAGAACACACGAAGCACGAGGCCAGAUUGUGUGAGGUGAUAUUUUCAGUGGACAGCGAUUGGUCAUCCAUUGUUUGGUGAUUUUCGUGUGAGGCGAACCUUAAUCCAUGUCCAUGUGACCAUGACGGUAGAAAAACCAGCCAAUAAGCACUGACUAAUGUAGGAAAAACACUUCUAUAUACAGUAGAAAAGCCAUGGAGAUCUGUCUCAUUAAUAAAACAGAAAUUACUGAAAAAAAUAAUAGUGUUUCCAUUGCUCAUAGAAACCAAAAGCCAGCCUAUGGACACUGCGCCAACCCUCUGUAGACAGAUCGAACAUACAGUAUCUACUGAAGACUGUAGAUGCAGCUUUUUAGUUUACUGUUGACCAUUGCCUCAAAACAUCACUGCUUCAGUGUGUGUGUGUGCUUGUCAUUUAUUUUUUUUCAGUAUUAUUAUUAACCUAUCUGAGAAGUUACAUACAUACAUACAUACACGGGGCAUGAUGGAAAUCAUACAGUUAAAGAUUUACUUUCCUUUGAGGUGCGGUUACUGUGGUAACCCUCUUAUUUUAUUUAAGUUUCGAUUCUUCUUUUCUGCCAUUGUGUGUGUAAAUAUACCGUAUGAUGUUUCUACAGUAGAAUGUUGUAAAGUCAGCGGAUCCAUAAGAUUGUGUUUCUACAAACUCAGCAUUGAAAGAUUUAAACCGCAGCUGUAACUAUCAUGUUUGUACGUCCCCUCUGUCGCGGGAGAUUAAGAUUCAAUCAUGGAAUAAUGACACAGCACAGUGUCCCAUUGUUGUUUUCUUAUUUUACUUUACUUUAUCAUGGCAUAAGGUAAUUGCAGUGAGUUUCUUAAAAAAAAAAGAAGAAAAAAAGAUAUAUAUGUAAUAAAGGUAUAUGAGAAAAUGUUCAUAACACAAAAUAAAGUUGUUUGAAUUCAGUGUUCUGCAUUUGAAUGUGACUGAAGGUGUUGGAGACGUUUUUUUUUCUUUUCUUUUUCCUUUGAUCGCUUGGAACACAGAGACAUUUAAUGGCGCUGUUAUGUUUAUCACCAUGUAUCAUGCAAAUAAAAAUAAUAUGUGUAUUGUUA